UAUCUGUCACUUCGCGAACGAGCCGCUGUCCGACCUCAAAUGGAAGGAGGUGAAGCGAGCCGCGCUGCUGGAGAUGGUCGAAUACGUCACCUCGCAGCGCGGCGUCAUCACAGAGGCGAUAUACCCGGAGGCUGUGAAUAUGUUCGCGAUAAACCUAUUUCGAACUCUACCUCCGUCAUCCAACCCCAACGGAGCGGAGUUCGACCCGGAGGAAGACGAGCCUACACUGGAGGCGGCGUGGCCACACCUGCAGCUGGUCUACGAGCUGUUCCUCAGGCUACUGGAGUCGCCGGACUUCCAGCCCAAUAUCGCCAAGAAGUAUAUUGACCAGAAGUUUGUACUACAGUUACUAGAGCUGUUCGACUCGGAGGACCCUCGCGAGCGCGACUUCCUAAAGACAACACUUCACAGGAUAUACGGCAAGUUCCUAGUUCUCCGCGCCUACAUACGGAAACAAAUCAACAACGUGUUUUAUAGGUUUAUCUACGAGACAGAGCACCAUAACGGCAUCGCGGAACUGCUGGAGAUUCUUGGCUCCAUCAUCAAUGGGUUCGCGCUGCCGCUCAAGGAGGAGCACAAACUCUUCUUGCUCAGGGUACUACUACCCCUGCAUAAAGCCAAGUCGCUGUCGGUGUACCACGCGCAGCUGGCCUACUGCGUGGUGCAGUUCCUGGAGAAGGACCCCUCCCUGACGCAGCCCGUAGUUAGAGCGUUAUUAAAAUACUGGCCCAAAACACACUCGCCCAAAGAGGUGAUGUUCCUGAACGAAAUGGAAGAAAUACUGGACGUGAUCGAGCCAGCCGAGUUCCAGAAGAUCAUGGACCCGCUGUUCCGGCAGCUGGCCAAGUGUGUGUCCAGCCCGCACUUUCAGGUGGCCGAAAGAGCAUUAUACUACUGGAACAACGAGUACAUAAUGUCGCUUAUAUCCGACAACGCGACGUACAUCCUGCCGAUCAUGUUCCCCUCUCUGUACCGGAACACGAAGAGCCAUUGGAACAAGACCAUACACGGGCUGGUGUACAACGCUCUCAAAUUGUUCAUGGAGAUGAACCAGAAGCUCUUCGAUGAGUGCACGCAGCAGUACAAGCAGGAGAAGCAGAAGGAACGCGAAAGGAUGAUUCAAAGAGAGGAGGUGUGGCAGCAAUUAGAAGCGCGCGCCGCCUCCAAUCCCGCCUAUAGAGACGCGGCCACGGCGCGCGCGCCGCCCGACUUGCCUGGCGAUGAACCUACUGUCGAUCUCACUUAUCAACGCGUGGAACAGGGCGCUAAGGAGGCGCGGAAGCAAGGCUACAACGCCAGCAAGCCGCUCCUCCGCAAGAAGUCCGAACUGCCCGCGGACACUUCCACCGUCAAAGCGCUCAUCGAACACAAGCGCGCCGACGCCUUCCUUCCCACCCCGCCAGACGUCAACCAGUGCUAGCUAGCGCACGUACACGUACACGAUAACGGGGACGUACACGUGCACAAUAACGGGGACGUACACGUGCACGUGCACGAAGAGAUACACGUGGAAAGGUUGCGCGCGACUUUAGGGGUACACAAUUGGCUGCAAGUGACGGUAAACUACAGGUUGCGAGACGAGGUAUACGUAAAAGGGAUUGAUAGAUUGAUAACGGAUAUGCUUAUGGUGAAUGUAAAGGAACACGCGAGGGACGUAAACGCAAAGAUACAACACUAUGAAUUCACAGAAAAUAGGAUGUGCGUUAGUGCUUUCGGUUACUGGUUUCCUAAAUUCUGUUCGAAUAUGAAACACAGUGCGUUACAGGUAAAUGGGCUAAACAAUAAACUACACGACAAUAGAAUCACAGAUAGACUAUACACUGGCAUAUACCUGCUUAAUUCUCUUACUAGCAGCGUACACGAUUGUAGCUAUCUUGUACACACUUGCCCAACAUAACGAAAGCGUUAGAGGUGACUUUAGUAAGCUAAAGAUCGCAUUUCAAAGAAAAUAUACUUUUUAAUUUAUGUCUCUCACAAAUUUGUAGCAUGUCUUUCAGUGUGCUUUUUAGGCAUUUUUAUAGCUGGAAUUUACUUAAAUUGCAAGAAUAUAGUUUGUAAAUUAACUUUUUUUUUUGUUUGAUUAGGUACAAUCAUUACCACUACAUACGUAUAAAUAACGUUUGCGAUAACAUUGAAUAGAUAGAUACUGAUGAUUAUAGAAAUAGAUAGGAUAAUUGUUGGCUAUAACAUUGUCAAAUUACGGCCAAGCCUUGAGUG